CACAUUCUUACCGCAUUACGAAGAAGAUUGCAUUACAAAUUGCCGAUCUACCCACAAGAAGCGGAGGAACCAGGCAAACUGCAAGCAACCUCGGUGAUUGAAAGAGGAUCUCCUCAUGUUUCUGACGCGCAGCGAGUAUGACAGAGGGGUCAAUACCUUCAGCCCUGAAGGUCGUCUUUUCCAAGUAGAAUAUGCCAUCGAAGCAAUCAAGCUGGGAACCACUGCCAUUGGAGUCCGGUCAAAGGAGGGAGUUGUUCUUGUAGUGGAGAAGCGUGUGACGUCGCCAUUGCUGGAGCCAUCCAGCAUUGAGAAGGUUGCAGAGGUGGACACACACAUCGGCGUGGCUAUGAGCGGCCUCACAGCGGAUGCGCGGACACUCAUAGAGCACGCCAGGGUGGAGACACAGCAACAUCGCUUCACCUACAACGAGCCGAUGCCCGUGGAGAGCUGCGUUCAGGCGCUGUCCGACCUCGCCCUGCGAUUCGGCGAAGACGACGACGGCGACGGGGGCAUGAGCCGGCCGUUUGGCGUUGCGCUGCUGGUGGCGGGGUGGCAGGAGGGGGAGGGCCCCGUGCUGUACCACACCGACCCCUCGGGCAUGUUUGUCCAGUACGACGCCAAAGCCAUCGGCAGCGGCUCGGAGGGCGCGCAGUCAACGCUGCAGGAGGAGUACAAGCCGGAGCUGAGCCUGAAAGAGGCCGAGGUGCUGGCGCUCUCCACCCUCAAGCAGGUCAUGGAGGAGAAGGUCACGGCGAUCAAUGUGGACAUUGCUCGCAUCGCUCCCACCUACCACCUGUACACAAAGGAGGAGAUAGAGGAGGUUGUCAGCCGGUUGUGAGUGUAGUGUGCUGCAUUACAAUGAGCCUGUGCUGACUCUGUGAUCAGGGUGCUGAGGUGUUUUUCUAUCAAAGUCUUCUUCUAUCAAAGCCUUGUCAGCAAUGGUUUUAAAGGACCAGGAUGCCGAAUGACAUUUGACGCUCGGUGCAAGGCCACAGCUCAAGGCCACAGAAUUUCUUGUAAUUCCUCGAUCUUUUUU